ACCACUUUCUGGUGACAAAUAGGAGCAGAACCACACCAAUGCAGUGCCCUACCAUUCCUAGCAGUUACCCCAGAAGAAUAUUAUGAUCAAUGGUAUUGAAAGCUGCCAGGAGAUUCAACAGUAUCACCGGGUUGCACUCCCCAUCUCACUCCUAGCAUUGGUCAACAUAGAGGGUGACCCUGAUUGAAAUGGAUCCAGAUAAUCAGUCUAAUUCAAGAGUGUCUAGAAUUGAUUGGCAACCACUCCCUCAAGAACCUUGCACAGGAAAGGAAUAUUUGUUAAUUGCCCAAAGUUGUUCAGGUCUUCUGGUACAUGGGGGGAUUUCUUGAGAAGUGGUCUCACUACUGCCUCUUUAAGGUAGCAUGGGACAACUCCCUCGUGCAAUGAGGAAUUAAUGACCUCCCUAAUCCAGCCAAUUAUUUCUUUCUUGCUAGCUUUUAUAAACCAGCAGGGGCAAGGAUCCAGUAGAGAGGUCAUUGGAAUAUUAAAGGGACAGUUGCAGGGCUUGGGGUCCAAUAUGUGACCAACCUUCCUGGGCUAUGAGUGGCCAUUUGAUAAGUAAAAGAUAACCCUAGUUAAAUUAUGAUAAAAAUCUUGAAAGCAUUUAUUUGAUAGAAUUAUAACACAGAGAGGCACUACACUGAUAAAAAAACCCAUGAAACAUUUGUUUCUAAAUGGUGGUAAUCAAUAUUUUAAUUUUUUUCUAACUUAGAAUGUUGUGAAAAUAUAUGUUAGUGAUAAUGGGUUACUUCAUCUGAAUGUAACUGUACUGCUAAACCUGUAUUUAGUGUUACAAGAUCUUGUGCUCCUCUUGUGUUCUCUGGCAUGACUGCUUGGAAGCAUUAACUACUGUUUUAGGGUUAUCAAUCUGCCAUGUUGACCAACCAUAAAGGAUUAUGGUUAAUUUUAAGUAUGAUAAGCUUCAAAACAUAUUUUAUAAAGUUGGCUUGUCUCCACUAACCAUAGUUAAGAUUAGCCACAAUGUGAUGUUUAAUUAAUCCUCUAAACUUCAAUUGUGGUCAAAUAUGUCAUUUAAGAAUGAAAGGAAUUUGUUCUGGCUCAAUUAAAGAUUGGCACAAAUUGUCUGUAUAUCAGUAUCUUUUGUGAGGGGAGACCUAACUCAGGUUUAUACUUUGUAGCUGUUAAACAUAUCUUGCUAAUUAGGCUUUUCAAGUGUUCAACAGAUCUUUUUGCAUACCUAGUUUCCUUUUAGAAACUUACCUUCAGUUCUGUGGGAUUGUGUUGAUCUACCUAAUUCAGGUUCCUCCAUUUUAUUAGCUUGCUGUCCUCUCUCUAAAAAGAAAAAGAUCAUUGGGAAUAAGUUGUUCAUGAAAGAUCCUCUUGUAUUUACACUAUAAUUUGUGUGUGUUUCAGCCUAGCUGCCACGUCAAGAUCUUCAUGAAGGCAUUCUUGGUUAAGAAUAAUCAAAUAAUAUUAAGACUACACACAAAUAGUGUCAAAUAGUUAACCCCAGUCCAAAGUCUACCUGAAAUGUCUCAUGAACCAUUUCCUAUGUACAUUUUGAAGAUAAAUUUGAUUCAUCAUGAGUUUGAAACAGCCACUCAUCCCUAAAUCUGUAACAAUUUCAUCAUUAUUUUCACCUUAUUGAGAAACAACAAUAAUACGAUGCUGCAGCCAUAACCCUGGGAGCAAAACACAGAGUGCACACCCAAAACACCAAUACUUGUGAACAAAAUAUGCCCAAGAAGAUUGCCAUUAGGGAAGGAGAGGAAAUUUGCUAGAUGAUGUGCAUUCCUUAUUUAGGGUUUUCUUGAAAUUCAGUCAAUGCUUGCUGCAGUGGGUGACCAGCUGUAAUUCCUAGGCUUGUUUUGUGUCUUUUAUAUUUGUUAGGUCCCUGUAAAAGACAUUCCAUAGGCAUUGUACAAAAUUCAUUAGAAGCAGAGCUAUAAUAUUUUAAAAUCCACCAAUAAAUCUUACAAAUCCAACCCAAUUUUAAAAUACAGACACAAAGACUCCAGCACAACAGAAUAUAAUGCAAAUUGAAGAAGCUAAAACCAGUGACGUGCAUUGGCUUCCAAGUUGACUUGGACCCAUUAGAAGCUUUCACUAGCCUAAUGCCAUGAAUGUUGAGGCGGACAAUGUGGAAGAAAAAGCUGUCCAUUCCUGGUCAAGGAUCUCCUCCGCAGGACAGAAAGCCUUGGAAGAAGCUCUCAGAGUGUUCAACCCUAUGUCAAAGGACCUGUCCGACACAGAGACCCAGCUGGUAGCUUUUCUUCAAGGCCUCAGGGAAGAAGGCUACCAGCCCACAAUCCUAAGAAGUAAAGACGUGUAUGGAUACAGCUCAUGCACAGCCAAUAUGCCCAGCCAGAAAAAAGGCAGUACCCAGGACACUUCAAAAACAGCUGUUCCUAUUUCAGAAUCUGCUAAGGCUCCAGCUCGAAGCGUAGCAACAAUGGCAGAAGUAUCUGCCCCCUUAGCAGGCUUUACAGUGAGUUCUUCCAAUGACUCUGCUAAACCGUUGUCCAAAAGCAGUAAUUCCACAAACCUCCUAUUGAACUCACUGAAACGGACACGUUCAGGUACAUCAAAAGCCUCAGCAGUGGGCUUCCCUGCUAAUAUGUAUCCUGGUGUUUACCCAGCCAUGAGGUUGUCUGUGGUUCUGGAAGCCUUAGUGCCACUGAAAGCCACAGCAUCCUGUCUGGAAUCCAAAUGCGAAGAAGGGCAUCUUGGGAUCUCUCCCUCAGACCUUAAGCUCCUCAAGGCAGCUAGUGCAUCCAGACAGUCUUCUGCAGUCAAAGCCACUAAAAUGUUGCCCAGUCAGUUGGACCCCAAAGCAUAUAGGCAUAUAAUACAGAAAGUGCCAGACUCUGCUGCUCUGACUAUGAGCCUUAUAAAAGGACCAAAGGGUGGGGUGCUGCAGGAAAGCAAUGCCUGCAAAGCAUCUGGAAUCCUGAAUGGCAGAAUUUCUGGAAGCACCUCCCAGAGCUGCAGCACAGGAGGUUCCAGAACUAAGGAGCCAUCAGUGGCUAAAGCAGAACGUAGAGGUAGUGGUAGCCACCAGGAGACUAUUGGGCAGAAAAGAAAAAGAAUGGAGGAGGAAAAGGAAUUGCCAUGCAGAAAGGAACACAAUUCUGUUUCAUCUCCCCGUAAACGGGAGCUGGCUUCGAAGACCCUGAACCUGCUGAAAUUCCGAGCCAUCAAGGUGAACAGCUCUUCCGAUGAUGAAUUGAGAAGGAGGGCACAGAAGAUCCUUAGAGUUAAUCUGUCCCCUGUUAUCCGAAUUCAGCCACUGCCACACUCUCACAGCGCCCCUUGAAGUUGCCUAGUUAAAUUGGAGCCACAGGCCACCGUACAAGGAUAUUCACCUCAGACCAACUUUAGGUCUCUUGGGCUUGAUGAGGAUGUGUAUGUCUGCAGUCCUCAAGCAGCUGGUCCUCAAGCCAUAGCUAGCAGCUGGAGAAAGUUCUGCAGAGCUGGGCAACUGCUGGAUUAUAAAACCAUGUUUAGAAAUAUUGGAGGAGAUCUCCAAGGCCCCAUUGAGCGGAAUACAGAGCAGAGCACUGGCUUUCCUCUGGGACACUUUUCUACAGUGCUUUUGUAAACAUGGCAGAGUGUGUGUCUGGGAUGUGGCGGCACUUGGGAUCUUGCUGUACUGUGAUUCUUAUUUUCAUUUUCAAUCUGUAAAUCUACUUGGUUUUAUUUUGAUCAUAUUUUAUAUACUUAUUAAAUAUAAAUAUCUAUAGACUUAUGUACAUGCAUUGCCCAAGGGCUGUCAGAAUGUGAUCCCCUUUCCUUUUUGUCCUUUUCUCAAGAAGUGGGUUCAAAAGCUUUUCUCUCAACUUUUUUCAGUCAUUUGUUGAAAAAUGCAAAAGCCUUUGCUUAUCUCCAGUGUUGCCUCCCUGCUCUGUAAACCUAAGUGGUUAGUUCCCAUUCUGUUGGUCACUGGCUUCUCUUCACUGCUGCUGCCUCAUGGCUGUCUAGGGCUGAAAGCUGUAUGCCAGCUGGAGUAAAUACAUCCCUUCUCUGGUAUCUUCACUUAUCCAGUGACCAUGCUUUUUAGCCCUAGCCACCUAUGAGGUUAUGACUGGGGAAGAAGGAUGGUUGCCCCAGAUACGGAGUCUGUGCAGGUCUCUUUGAGAAGGCAGUGAAGGAGGACAGACCAAGCCCUCAGUGGGCCUCAUGCAAGUGAAGAAGGGUGCCCCACAGAUUUCUGCCACAUUUGUGCCGUAGAGGGCAGGAGGCACAUAUGGCUGUGGACAGCCUUGUUGAAGAGUUGCACAGUUCACAUGGAGAUUCUAGCUACCAGUCAGUGUCCUUUGUUCUUCUCUGUGUUUACCUCCACCGGUAACUGUUAUUAAACCCAGUGGAGCUAACACAUUAUUUCUCUCUGUUGAUUUUUUUAAGGACCUGUGGCUGCUUGUGAGCCUAAGAACGGGCAGAUAAUGCUUUCUAGUGCAAUUGUUAAUCAUUUCUGCUGACUGACAUGUCAGUAUGUCUGGCCUGCAGACAUUAGGCUUCUGAAUGUAUCAGAUGUGUCUGAACAGUCUGGGAUUCCUGUUGCAGCAGCAAGAGUUUCUUGGGUUUGUUGUGGAGCUGGCUGAGAGUGAGUCUUGUCCUGUGUUGCAAACAAAGUAAAAUGAUCCUAGUAGAGGCUUCUAGCCUACAAACCACUCUGAAGAUUCCUAAAUAUAUUCCUGCCAGCACCUUCAGUAUUUUGGCAGCAUAAUUUUACUUCUGCUUUGUGCCACAUCUGCAAAUCUAAAUUUGUUUUACCAUCAUGACAUCCCCAAAGAGCAAUGGCAAUAAUAGUUUCAUGGAGGUAUUCAGAACUUUGUACUAGAGAUCCUGUAUUCCUGUAAAAUUGCAGUUCCAAGAGUUCCUUGGGCAAAAGUCUUAGUAAACUGGUUUAGAUUGUUAGUUUAGACAUGCUGUUGACACAUGUGGCUUGUUAAGACUUCUGUUUCUUUAUUAUGGAGCUCAAGUUUGUUGGGAGGACACUGAUCUUUAAAUAAGUUGUAAAUCUCUUCUCUGCUUCGAAGUAUUUGGUCUUUAUUAUUCAGGGUGGCCAAAACAAACAGCCUUUUUACAACUUAUUAAAACUGAAGUGAUAGACUAAGAUAGAAUUCUAGGCUGUACCAUUUUAGCUUGCAGAUUGUGGUCAUAUGUUUGAAUGUUCCAUUACAUAAACAACUUUGUGUGCAUACUACACUAGUACAUUAGGCAGUUAACUAUGUUGAAAAUCUACCUAAAGAGCUAGUUUGCUGCAUGCAGGGAACAUUUAAUGUGGGGCAUAUACAAGAAAUCAGUCUCUCACUUCUACAUUGAGCCUUUCAAAGAACAAGCUAAGUCUCCAAUCUCAUGUUGUCAUACUAGUUUUCAAGAGUCUACCAUUCUGGCUUUAUGUGGUAAGCAUUACUGGUUUCAUAUGAAACGUAGAACUUUUUUCCUAAUACAGUUCCCACACUCUAAAACAGUUCUGGCAAGGAAAACUCUUAGUUUGAUCAAUCCAUUACCUGGCUUGGUGAAACUCCCUUGUGCCUGAUUGAGGGUAUCUGGCCAUCUUGCACAGUUCUGUCUUGAGCAUAAAAAGGAAGGGGGGAGCUCCCUCAGCCAAUAGCAGACGCUCUGACUUGGCAGCUCUGCACACACUACAAUUUUGGAAAUCUCUCUCUAACUGAGCCAAUGCUGGGACAAUCUUUGCUUGCAUCAUGGUGAGUCACCUGAUUAGCUGCAAAGCAUCCUUCUAAGGGUGUCUGGAUUUGAGUUUCUCCUCUCAGCUUGUGUUUAGAGUGGCAAGGCUGGGAAUACCGAGUUUCUAGUACCUUGGCAUAGUGCAGUCAGUCUGCUUUCAGAAAGUUUUCUGCAUUCUGGUAGUCACCUCAUUGCCACCUCUUUUGUCUUGAGUAUUUUCUGGGAUACGAAUAGCUGCACUACACAAGAUGCUUCUAGAGUGCCCCAGGAACCAUGUGUACCCCCCCCCCAGGCCUUUACUGCAUCCCCCCCACAGAUGCCUUGACCAAUGCUACCAGAUUUUCUACUGUCCUCCCUCCCUCAGAGUGCUUCACUAAGAUUGCUUUUGCCCCACCAGUGAGGAAAAAUGGAAUAUGUUUGUAUCUUUGCAUGAGUGUAUAUGUAUGCCUUUGUGUAACUAUGUGAGUAUGUUUGUGGCCCAGCCUCUUAGCUGGCAUCAUUUUUUUAAAGAGGGAGACGCAUUAGUUGGAGCCUCCAUAAAGUUGUCUUUCCUUUUGAUUCUUCCCCCCACACCUCCCUUUGGCUAUCCAAAGCAUGCACUGGUGUCUUUAAUGACUAGCAAAGGAUACUGCUUUGCAUAACAGAUGGAAAAAAACUACCCCUACAGACAUAUCUCAGCAACUACUUAGGAGACACAAGGAUGCCUUUUUAAGUCAAGCACUGUCCAACUUGUUGCCGCCUAGUUGUAUACCCAGCAGGUAGUGAAAUGGAAAGUGCCAGAAGUUCCAAUGGUUUCUCUAACCAAGAGGAGCCAGUAAGGAUUCCAAGUAUUAGAGCUACAUUUCUAACCAAUGGUUUUUCCCUGUUCCUUCAGGGAGACUCUUUAAUGUUGCCUUCCUUGGAAGAAAGAGCUAUCUGCGAUUAACUGUGUGUUCACAGAAGAAAUAAGGUGAUAGAAUGAGAAAACCUGUUAAAACACUGGAGGAAUGCAGAGGAGAUUUUGAUGAUAAGGAGCUCGGGAGACUCCUAAAGUGAAAGUACGGUUCAGCUGUAGAUUGAACUCUUUCUCUUAAUGAAUAAUCUAUUCAGAGGAGAAAUUUGGCCUUGAGAAAGAAGCUGACCUUGUAGCAAUGUUGGCAGUGCCUGUUCUUGAGAAGUGGUUGUGUAUGUUAAAAAGCUUCACAUUAGGAAGCAGUUUGUGCAUUUCUCUGGUUGAUGCUUCAUUCAUAGAGCUCUAGGAAUCAGAGUAACAUGCCAGGUUCCCAUUAGGGUUGCAGGAUGACAACAGCAGGGGUGUAAUGCUUUCCUUCACAUCAGUAUGGUACCAACUGUUUGUUUAGCAUUCAAGUAGCCACAUUAAAUGCAAACCUGAUUGAACUGCAUUGGCAUAGACCUACUGGCCCUAAGUGAGCAAGGAAGCACAUGUUCUGAAUCUCUUGUCUGCCUUUGGGCUUUUAAAGGCAGAGGAGAUGAAAAAGAGGUUGGGCUUAGGACUUCUGUCUCUGAGAAAAAUUUGACCAGGUGGCUGGGCUCCUUACUGAUACUGGAUGGGAGAAGCCACAUAUCUCAAAAAAUCAUCACUGCACAACUAUGAAAGGCAUCCAAGGUCUGUAGUAGCCACAGGUUUUGUCCAUUGGGUGGCAACUGUUGAGAAUGAAUGACAUUGUUCAAAGCAAUCCCACCUCUGGCCCUUGGUUGACUUGAAGGAAGUUUCUUUUUCCUGCUCUGUAAGCCAUGUAAUGAUGUGACCAGCACAGACUCUUAUGUCAUCCCAGGUAGCAUUAUCUAUAGAACAGGUUUUUCCUUCUUUUCCAGCAAGCACUUUGAUAGUGAUGGGAUUUUUAAAUUGCUCACUUGUUAUUAGCUUGGGAUCAUCACUGGCUGACUGAUCUAAUGGAUAUCUUGAUCAAUAGAGAAAAGUAGGUGGCAGUUUUAUUGCAAUUAAGUAAGGCUCAAUAAUGCAAUAUUUUAGUCAGUAGAAGGAGAUUAGUCUUGACUGAAUACCAGAUACGAAUGAGUGUGGCUGGAUGGGUGCUUUAUAUAUCCAGUCCUUCUGUAAGAGUUAUGGCCAUCAAAAAGAAAAGAGGAAUGCCACCAGCAAGUGCAUAAGAAAAAAAAGCACAAGAUUCAAGUCUAAACUGUCAACCUGUGUGUGUGUUAAUGGAAAUGCAUCUAGCAAUUUGCAUGAAUUGAUAAACUUUGUUUUGGUCUAGAUUGAAGCUUGGCCUCUUUUCUCUACCCCUUGCCCCCCUCAAGGUGGAAUUAGCUACUACUGAAUAGCAUGGAAUAAAAGCUUUAAUUUUGUUUAGGGCUUGGAAAACUACAGGAUCAAGAUAAUGUGGUUUUUUUAGGAAGUAUCUUUUGACUCUGUUGUGAUGAGAUAUUCUGGUCUCAGAAGACUGGCAUCACAGCAUCUAAGACUAAAGAAAAGUGUAAGUAGCAGUCUAGACAGCUUUUGUGCCUUUACAAUUGCCACAUCUAUUUAGUCUGUAAUAUUACCUCUCCCUGAUCAAUGCUUGAAAAACCCACAUAGUUAACCGUAAUGUUAGCAGAAAGAAAGAGAUGUGUUCUCUUGUACUGGAGGAAUCGCUGAAGACUCUAAUGCCUUUCAGCUGAACUGUGGAGCAGGCUACAUGGCUUAGCUGCUUGGUUUUAGGACAGGUCCUUGCUUAAUUUAUUUCUCAAGAAUUUAAAAUGAUGCUCACUGUCUAAAAGAAUUUAAAAAUGAGCGUGUGUUCUGUGGUAAUGCUGAUGCCAAGUGUUUAUAAGUAUGAGCUCAAUUCUUCCCUCCUUGCCCUCAGCCUCCAAAACACCGGACAAUCCUCUGCAACGUGGAUCUGUGUUGAUACUUCACAGUCAAAAAGACAUGACUCUGGUUGUUUAGUCAACUGAAGGAUUAGCCUCUGCUCAUGUAAACACCAUUGAAGCCCCAUCUUUCCAGUCCCUCCGCUAGAAUCAUGUUGCAACUCCGCCCUCAGAUUGGCCUCCAUUAGUGGAAGGCCAGCCUUUGUGACAUACACAAGCCCUCUAACUGGGUAGCUUGCCUCUCCCAACACCUACUCACAGGGUCAGGGACGAGAUAAGGCAGCUAGGCUCCCGCCUCUCCUGAAACCCCUCCCCUCUUUUCCGAAACAGGGCUGCUCUCAUGGUCAGCCUGGGAAAAUAUGGGCAGUGACUUUGAUGGAGCUUCGAAGGCUCCUGUUUUGCCCACCUCAUUACCACCACCUCUGUGUCUUCUUCAGAAUCCAAUGACUCGUGACUCUGGAAAGUCAGCAAAGAGUGAGCACCUAGACUACUCAUUGCUAUAGGCCCCCUUCAAGAAAAGUGCUACUUACUUUAAACAUGGGAUAAGAGGGCAACACCUGAUAUAUGCAUGCGACAUCUUCUGCUCAGUUUCUAAGAGUGCUUGGAGGUGGCUGUGUAGCACACUUUAUGUAGCAUACUUUUUUGUACACAGGAAACUGUGUAACGUGUACCAGAUUAUAGCUGGCAUUGGUUCUCUAGGUGCUUGGGACAAGAACUUUCAGGACACUUCAGCUUGUUUAAGUGGUUGACAAGAAUUGUACCUCAGACCUCUGCAUUCCAGUUAUAAUAUGAUCUUGGUUAAUAGGCCUGGAAAAAAAUACAUAAAUAUCCCUCUGAGACCUUGGAGAGCCACUGCCAGAGCAGACAAUACCCAGUUAGAUAGAUCAGUGAUCUAGAAAAAUACAAGGCACUUGAUGUGUUCAUAUUGUUCCCUAACUUGACAGUAAUUGGGGAGCACAUCUUUGAUUACUAAGUGGUCAUCUGAUCAUGGCUGUUUGAAUAUGGCUGCUGCUUGGUAUGUGAAUUGUGUUGAGAAAUGAUUUUUGAACCCUGGGCAGCUGCCUGUACAGCCCUUGGAGGUUCCAUUAAAUCACUCCUUUUUGUCAAACUGAGCAAAUGAAGGUUCACUUGGGAAGGUUUCUUGUGUCACUGGGGGACUGAGUGUUGAAAUACUUGGUGCUUUGAGCUGAAAGAGUUCUUGUUGUUUUGGAGAUGAUAAUUGGACUCCCUUUUGCAUGGAGCUGAAUGUCUUUGGAAAGAGGCAAUUUUGCCUAAUAGGCCUUAGGUUGGUGUAAAGCAUAACACUGGGCUGCAUGAGCAGCAUUUGUUUAAUGUUACUUGCAGUUCCAUAGCUCCACAAAAGUACCAGGGAAGGGGGUGCCACUGUCAAAUUGAUCUCAAAGUUCAGGAGCAAUUUUGGCUGAUGGGUCCCCUGAAGCUGCCCAUCCCUGGCUUAGAGCUUUGUUUAUGUCCUAUUACUGGAAAUGUGGAGGUUCUGGGUAUGAUAAAUGUGAAGCAAUGCUGCUUCUGACUCCUGGGCAGGUGUGGGAAUGGGAAAGUAUGAAGCAGGCCUACUUAUCACAGGAUACUUGGUGCAUAUGACUGGUCAAUCCUCUGUGCUUAAUGUGUUGUGACACACCACAGUGCUGCUUUGCAGAGCAGCUGCCAUUCUGAAAAUUCCCCUCCAUUUUGGGUGGAGGUGCGUACUUAUCAGUGACACGGGUUGUGCACUUCCCUCUCACUGCAGAGUCAAAGCGAGGUUUGGGCAUGGUCCACAAACUAGGCCCCUUCCUACAUUUCUUUAUGUCUAAAUGAAUAGAUUCUAGCACAUGGAUUAUGUCUGCCUGAGGCUGCUCCUGGUGGAACAUCCCGUUGGUGUUGUACUGCAUAAAUGAGGAAUGUGGGGAGCAACCCAAAGCAUGCCCAUUUUGACCACAGAACUCACCUUUUCAGCCAUAUGACCUAAACCGAAACACUUCUGCAUGACUACACUAUAGAGAGCAAGAGUGUUCAAACUGUUCUGCUUCAGAACCAGGUGGAUGUGCCCUUAGGUAGUUGUUGAUUGGCUCAUGCACAUGCCAUAGAGUUGGUGAAUUGAUUGCUUUGAGUUGUCACUCCUCACCUGUUUUUGUUGCUCUCACUCUGGACAGGGUAUUGCUGCUACACCAGUGCCUGGAAAAGGGUCCCUGUGGCAGUGCAGCCAGGCAAGAAGUUGUUAACUACUAGUCGUUUAAGAACCGCAGUGUCUUGGCUGUCUUUCUCUGCCAACCUCCAUAUGCAAAGCACUUUGAAUUGUGUGUGUGUGUGCAGGGACCCACAAAGGUGGUAUUAGUUCCUCUAGAACACCACCACUCUCCCUUUGUGUUUUUUUAUGCUGUCUUUCCUAAUGUUAGUUAUGUACAGAGAAGCUAGAUACCAGCCAGACUCCACAGGGCUGCCACAAGGUAUCUCUGAACUCUGUAUGUUGUCAAGCACAAACCUGGUCUCCUUCCAUGGAAGCUGCCUUUUGCCAAGGAUCUCCUCUUCCACUCUGAACUUGCAGCCGCUCGUCAUUUAUACAAUGUACUGUGUAAACCUUGUAAACAUGUAAACAUUUUAUUUUUUGCUGACUCUUGCUUACUUCUGAUACGAUACUCCUGACAGCCUGACUUUGAAGAGCAGCUGUUGGGUACUGUGUGAAAGGAGUGGGCUUUGCCAACUUAAAUUUGGUAUUAAUGGGUUUGGCCCAGCAUUUGGCUGCCUCAUUCGAAUGGAUUUCUCUCAUUCAGUUUAUUCAUGCCGGAUCUUUCUGAUGCUCUCUGUUUUGAUGUUACAUUUGCAGCCCACAGUUCCCAGUUUCAGUGUUUGUAUAUUUUGGGACAUCCUUGUGUAAUACAAGGUAAUUUUGAGUAUUAUGUUUUCACCAAGGAGGAAAGGGAAGAAAACCAACCUUGUCUUUAUUUUUGAUGAAGUGAAACUUUUCUUUCCUUGUUUUUGAAACUGUAGCAGAUGAUCGAUUCAGCUCUGCCGUUCUACAGUAAAAAUGGUGCUUCAAAACCCA